AUGGAUCGGGGAGACGCACGUGAAGCAGCCCAACCCGUAGCAGAGGCAGCAGCUCCCGUGAUGGCGGCUCCACCGGCUGCGACUUUCACCAUCAAACCACCGGAACCUUUCGACUUUGCAAAACCCCAAGAGUGGGAAAAGUGGAUCAGACGUUUCGAGCGCUUCAGAGUUGCAAGUAAUCUGAACAAUUCGACUGAUGCUAAUCAAGUGAACACGCUAGUUUACUGCAUGGGAGAUGAGGCUGACAACGUGCUAAGAGGACUAGACCUUACCGAUGUGCACCGCCAGCGGUAUGAUGCAGUCAAAAGUGCGUUUGAUAGACACUUUGUCCCCAGAAAGAAUGUGAUUUAUGAACGUGCAAAAUUCAACAAGCGAGUACAGCAGCUAGCAGAGCCGGUGGACUCAUUUAUCACGGCUUUGUACGCACUUGCGGAGAACUGUGAAUACGGUGCACUUCACGAUGAACUUUUGAGAGAUAGACUCGUUGUGGGUCUCAGAGAUUCGUCACUUUCAGAGAGGAUGCAGCUCGACAAAGACCUCACACUAACCAAAGCUAUCACAAUGGCGAGGCAGUCCAAAGAAAUAAAGCGGCAACAGACUGACCUGCGAUGUGAAAGUAAUGUGAGCAAGACGGCGAUGGAUGCAGUACACACCAGAAAAUUCAAGCCAAGGGAGCUUGAUCAAGGAGAAGAUCCGUGGCUUGCAGACAUUGACGUGAAAGGCACUAAAUGUCGUGGGGGUUUGCAGUUGGCGUUCACUGCGCAAGCGGUGAUCUCGGGGGCAAUCCGUGAGAUUAAUUUCUUACUGGUUUGGUGCUUAAUAAACCCGCCGCCGAUCCACGUGAAGAGCCAGGAAUCAAUUAGGCAGUGUUCUCCUUGCGGCAUCCAGCUCAGCCCCUCCAGCGGCCUGCUACCCUUUUUCCAAGCCUCCACCAACCUGGGACCCAGCCUGCCACCAUCUCUCUGCCCUCCAACAGCUCCAGCUCGCGUUCUCCCAAGCCUGACCCCUUCUGCCCGGACUUGGACCUUCCCAGCCCUCCACAACUCGCUUUCCUGCAGCACCACAGUACUCCGUUCUCAAUAA